CAGUCAAAGGUCUAUUUUUGGCCUGAGGCUCAGCUGAUUGUGGGCCUUGAAGAUUCUGUCCCUCCCUGAUUUUUUUUUUCUUGCAGUCAGGCUUAUUAGGAAAAGAGGGAGUUGUCUAUCAGCAGAGGAGCUGGAUGUUGAACUCAGCACUGAGGGAUGCAGCUCUGUAGGCUACAACAUUAGUUGCAGAGGUGAGGACAAUUGGGAUUGGGUGUUUCCUUUUAACCCUGUGUGUGGCACUGCUGUCACUGCUCCUCCUCCUCCAACUGGAACUUCCAUCUGUGUGCAGUUAAUUCGACGCGUUUUCCUCUGGGGUCGGAUACCACCAGAAGUCAGCUUCGAACUACAGUCGUUUUUUGCGUCCUCCCGUUGGGUCCCGACGAGGAGGAUGGAGACUAGUCCCAUACCGGUAUUGACGGUCCAAACCGCCCCCUUCGACGACCAGCGGCCCGGUACCAACGGUCUGCGGAGGAAGACCGCGGUGUUCGAGGGGAAGAAGAACUACCUGCAGAACUACAUUCAGAGUGUGUUGUCCUCCAUCGACCUGCGGGACCGACAGGGCUGCACCAUGGUGGUGGGCUGCGACGGCCGCUACUUCAGCCGAACCGCCACUGAGGUCAUAGUGCAGAUGGCAGCUGCCAAUGGAAUUGGACGUCUGGUAAUUGGCCACAAUGGUCUCCUGUCCACCCCUGCUGUGUCCUGCAUCAUCAGGAAGAUCAAGGCCAUUGGCGGGAUCAUCCUCACAGCUAGUCAUAACCCCGGAGGCCCUGGUGGAGACUUUGGAAUCAAGUUCAAUGUGGCAAAUGGAGGUCCGUCUCCGGAUACAGUGAUGGAGAGGAUCUACCAGGUGAGCCGGACAAUUGAGGAGUAUGCAAUCUGCCCUGAUCUCCGCAUUGACCUAUCCAGACUGGGAAGACAAGAGUUUGACCUGGAGAACAAGUUCAAACCUUUCAGAGUGGAGAUUGUAGACUCAGUGGAUGUGUAUCUACAACUGCUAAGAAACAUCUUUGACUUCAAUGCCAUUAAAAGUCUUCUCACAGGACCAGAUCAGCUCAAGAUACACAUAGAUGCCAUGAACGGAGUAAUGGGCCCCUACGUACGUAGGAUCCUGUGUGAUGAGUUGGGAGCUCCUGCUAACUCUGCUGUCAACUGUGUCCCUCUGGAGGACUUUGGUGGCCGACCUCCAGAGCCCAACCUGACUUAUGCCACCUCUCUGGUAGAUGCCAUGAAAGGAGGGGACUUUGGCUUUGGAGCUGCGUUUGAUGCAGAUGGGGACCGUUACAUGAUCCUCGGAGAAAACGGCUUCUUUGUGAACCCGUCCGACUCGGUGGCCAUCAUGGCUGCCAACCUCUCCACCAUCCCCUACUUCAGACAGCUGGGAGUCAAGGGCUUUGCCAGGAGUAUGGCCACCAGCACUGCCCUCGACAGGGUAGCCAAAGCCAUGAAACUGUCCCUGUAUGAGACUCCCACAGGCUGGAGGUACUUUGGGAACUUGAUGGAUUCUGGGCGUUGUUCCCUCUGCGGGGAGGAGAGCUUCGGGACAGGUUCAGACCACAUUCGUGAGAAGGAUGGUUUGUGGUCGGUGUUGGUGUGGUUGUCUAUCAUGGCCGCCAAGAAACAGGGCGUGGAGCAGAUAGUCAGAGAACACUGGGCCAAAUUUGGACGUAAUUACUUCUGCAGGUUUGACUACGAAGGCCUGGACCCACGCGCAGCCUUUUACCUGAUGAAGGAUCUGGAGUCAGUAAUAGCAGGCAAAGCAUUCACCAGCCAGAAGUUUGCCGUAGGAGACCACGUAUACAGCGUGGAGAGGGCUGACAACUUUGAGUACAUCGACCCCGUGGAUGGAACAGUGGCUCGAAACCAGGGUCUGAGGAUUGUGUUCACUGAUGCGUCCCGCUUGGUGUUUCGGAUGAGCGGGAGCGGUGCAGGGACGGGUGCCACCAUCCGCAUUUACGCCGAGAGCUGUGAGAGAGACCCAGAGAAACACAGCAGAGAGACACAGGUAGUGCUGGGUCCUCUCAUCGCCAUCGCCCUCAAGAUCUCCAACGUCCAUGAGAGGACAGGACGCCGCGGUCCCAACGUCAUCACAUGAGCAAGCAGGAGAACACACACUCGCAUGCAUGCUCACACGUGCAUCUAACCGCUCACGCAGAC